UUGGCCACUUAAACUACUUCCAGCCAGCCAUCAGACAUUAUUCUGAACCCAAACUACACCAAGGCAAAAGAAUAACACUGCAUUUCCCCAGCGCAGAUCAUUCAGGUGCUACUUCUCCAUUUUGCAAACUUACGACUGGAGAGGUUUUUACUCCAUUUGUUGCUGCCAUUUUUUCUGUAUUUUUGGCAUAUUAAUCGCGCCAGAGGACAGCAUAAAUCUUAUUUUCUCUCCCCCCCACCCCCCUCCCCCUCCAUCACCACCACCACCAAGUGGAAGAAGGGCUUGUUAAGAUCCACCGCAUGGGAUUGGGAUUUGACAGCAGCAGCCGCGCAUCUUUUUGAGUAUUUUAAAUACAUUACGGGUUUAUUUUUUUAAUUCUUACUUUAUUUUUUAUUUUCUGUUCUGGGCUUGGACUUUCAGAGACUUGCAGAUUCGAACAGUGUCCAGGUUGUUGUUGUGGCUUUUUUUUUCUUUCUUUCUUUCUUUUUUUUUUUUUUUUUUCUCGCCUGAGUAGCUGCAUGAUGGCUACUCUACCAGGAACGAUGCCUCGGAUGGUGCGUCCUGCGCCGGGCCAGAACUACCCACGUACCGGCUUUCCUCUGGAAGUGUCUACCCCUCUGGGCCAGGGCAGGGUGAACCAGCUUGGCGGAGUGUUCAUCAACGGGAGGCCUCUGCCAAAUCACAUCCGACACAAGAUAGUGGAGAUGGCCCACCACGGCAUCCGACCCUGCGUGAUCUCGCGACAACUGCGGGUUUCUCACGGCUGCGUCUCCAAGAUCCUGUGCCGGUACCAGGAGACCGGCUCGAUCCGCCCGGGGGCCAUAGGAGGCAGUAAGCCCAGGCAGGUGGCAACGCCUGACGUGGAGAAGCGGAUCGAAGAGUACAAGAGAGAAAACCCGGGUAUGUUCAGCUGGGAGAUCCGGGAUAAGCUGCUGAAGGACGGGGUGUGCGACAGAAGCACGGUUCCUUCAGGUGAGGCCUCAUCUGUGAGCUCCAUCAGCCGCGUUUUGAGGGCCCGAUUUGGCAAAAAAGAUGACGAGGAUGACUGUGAUAAGAAGGAUGAAGACGGAGAAAAGAAAACAAAGCAUAGCAUCGAUGGCAUCCUCGGUGAUAAAUGCAACCGCACGGACGAGGGUUCAGAUGUAGAUUCGGAGCCCGACUUGCCCCUGAAGAGGAAGCAGAGGCGCAGCCGCACCACCUUCACCGCAGAGCAGCUGGAGGAGCUGGAGAAGGCUUUCGAAAGGACACAUUACCCCGACAUCUACACCAGAGAGGAGCUGGCUCAGAGGACAAAACUCACAGAGGCGAGAGUGCAGGUGUGGUUCAGCAACAGACGGGCUCGGUGGCGCAAGCAGGCCGGCGCCAAUCAGCUAGCGGCCUUCAACCACCUGCUUCCUGGAGGAUUCCCCCCCACAGGGAUGCCAACUUUACCCACAUACCAGCUGCCGGAGUCCAGUUACCCCAGCGCCGCACUAUCACAGGAGGGCAGCAGCACAUUGCACAGACCCCAGCCACUGCCUCCAUCCUCCAUGCACCAGGGAGGCUUGGGCGCCGACAGCAGUUCCGCUUAUGGCCUGUCGUCCAAUCGCCACAGUUUCUCCAGCUACUCCGACACGUUCAUGAGCCCCUCUGCAUCGAGCAACCACAUGAACCCAGUUGGCAACGGGCUCUCCCCACAGGUGAUGAGCAUCCUGAGCAACCCCAGCGCUGUUCCCUCGCAGUCCCAGCACGACUUCUCCAUCUCCCCGCUGCACAGCAGUCUGGAGAGCUCCAACCCCAUCUCAGCCAGCUGCAGCCAGCGCUCUGACACCAUCAAGAGCGUGGACAGCCUGGCUUCCUCCCAGUCAUACUGCCCCCCCACCUACAGCGCCACCAGCUACAGCGUGGACCCCGUCACCGCGGGUUACCAGUACAGCCAGUAUGGCCAGACUGCUGUAGACUAUCUGGCUAAGAACGUGAGCUUGUCCACCCAGAGGAGGAUGAAGCUCGGGGACCACUCGGCAGUACUGGGUCUGCUGCAGGUGGAGACGGGACAGGCCUACUAAAGCCGCUCGGGGGCCCGUGCUGCAGCUCUCUGAUUCGCCCGCUGCCACGCUCCUCCACGCUCCAUCAAAUCUGGACUCCAGCUUGCCCCUCUGCAGCUCGGCCAUGACAUCAGAAAAAGUGACACGUCAGUGCGACGAGCCGCUUCGGAGCAUGGAAGUAAACUUUCAAACCACUUUCAGCCACCGGGCGACUUUGCGUCAUUUCUUCUUAAUACUUUGGGCAACUCUCCUUCCAACACAAACUGCAGUCCAACUCCCAAACCCUGCUUAUUUAGCUCAGAGGGCCAGAGAGGAAUCCAUGGACGUUUGGCCUGCCUUGGCCCGGACUCCUCUUUGUCAUUGCUGCAGACCAGCACACAUUUAGAGCCAUCGACGACAUGUACUUUGACUUUGCUCUUCAUAGUAGUUAACAAAACCAAUAUCAUUUGAACAACUCCUAUUCUUGUUCCUUUUUGAUAUUGUUAAGAUUACCGUUGCUGUUAUAUGAUUAUGGUUAAUGUGAUUUUUGUUGUUCUUUGAUUCCAUUUGUAUCUCUUUUCUCUGUUAGAUGUUGGUGUGUAAAAACAUGGAGGAUGAAAGAGACGAUCCGGGCGAGAAUGUCUGUUGUGUGCGCGUGUUUGUGUGUCAACGCAGUCGCACAAAAGAGGAUGAUUGUUUUCCAAGCUGCUGUUCCCCCGACCUCAAAUGUUCACGAGCAAUUUGACCUUCCCACUUUCAUAUUCCUCUUGACAUUCCUUAAGAACUUGGCCACUCUGUGGGAAGUCUGUCUGGAUGGGUUCUGCAGGGAAUUUAAGCAGCGUUUUGGCGGCCAAUAGCUUUCCCCUUGUAACCUCCAUCCCAUCCUUAGCCGCGGCCCAUGGGGAGAGGGCAUUGUUUGCAAAAACAGGAUUGGGGAAAUUAAUGUAUUUUGAAAUAUGGACCUUGCCAAGGAGGGCUAACUCAACCCCACCUCCGUUCCCCACUCCUCCCAAAUCCCAUCGGCCAGGGAAUCCUGUGUGACUUCAACAGUGGAAAGCAGAUUAAAUCGUGCAGAAAUAAUGUCAAAGCUAAUUCACAGUGACCCUUCCCAACACUAGCCAGUCUUUCAUUUUUUUUUGUACCAGCUUUAGCACGCUGUAUAAAUGCGCCUACAGUUGGUUUCGACUUCCUGACAAAACAAACAUUCCUUUCGAAACAUUCCUCGGACUCCAACUACAAAUAUACUACAGGCAUUCCAGGGUUUUCUGCUGUAAAAUUAAAAAGUCAACAAGCUGUGCCAUUCACCUACACUGUGGAAAAUCACAUAAUCCAGUCGGUUGUGAAAGGGCGCAGGUAACACCGCUGAUUGCCCCCCCCACUCCGGUCUGGACUGGAGACCCGUGAAAUCUUCCACUUGAACACACUCGCCAAAACAUACAAAAAGAGAAAAAAAUUAAAUUGAAGUAAUGGUUGAUAUGAGAUAUUUGUGUAGUACUCAUAGUUGACUUUUGACAUGAUCAGAAUCAGAUCUGUUCCCUUUGAAGUGUGUAUGCGUGUGUGUGUGUGUUUUUUUUCAGUUUUUUUUUUUUCAGUGUGAUAAUGUACACAAAGUUGUAAACAUUCAAGAUAGAAAUUGGUCUUCUGUCGCCUUUUAAAACUGGAAAAAAAAAAUGUAGCUGAAUCAGACUGUGUAUUGUUUCCUUAUAAAGAAUAUGCUUUAUACUAAAACAAAACUACUUUAAAUGGGAGGGAAGCGAUGGAUCUGUGAAAGUAAAUGUUGUUCUUUUGUUUUUUUUUCCUUUUAAAUUUCUUUCACUGGCUUCUUUUAUUUCAAAUUUUGUUUCAGUUGUAUUUAAUUGGUUAAUUUGUUGCAGCCAAACGUUUCCUUUCUGGUUUUGGCCCAAGUGUGAAUGACUUUGUAAAGAUUAGUGAAAAAAAAAAAUAAUAAUAAUAAUAAUAAAUUCCACUGAAACUGUUCCAAGUGAAACUGUGUUAAAGAGGAUCAAACUGAGCUCAAAGGACAAUGAACGCUUGGUUUGUCAGAUAGACUCCACGGACCACGCUGUACAUUUGAAAGGUGGCCUGAAGAGGCGUCGCCACCUGCCUGAGAAUUUGCCCCCCCCCCCCCCGGUUUUGCAGACUUUGAUUAUUAGCGCAGAC